AUGCCCGUCGCCCGACCGUGGCGGCUGCCCGCCCUCCUCCUCCUCCUCCUCCUGCUCCUCAGCUGCCGCGCCGCCGCCGAGGGCGACGGCUCCCUGCGCUCGCCGGGCCCGGGCAGGCAGAGCCCGCCGGCGGCGGCCGACGCCGUCCCCCCGACGGCCGGGACCCCGGCGCUGCGGGGCGCCGAGCCCAACGCCUCCCGCCCGGCCGCGCUGCCCAAGGGCGAGGGCGCGGCUGGCGGGCGGCCGCGCCCGGCCUCGCCCCCCAUGUGCACGGGGCAAACGGAGAUCAAGGAGACUUUCAAGUACAUCAACACGGUGGUGUCCUGCCUCGUCUUCGUCCUGGGCAUCAUCGGCAACUCCACGCUCCUGCAGAUCAUCUACAAGAACAAGUGCAUGCGGAACGGGCCCAACAUCCUCAUCGCCAGCCUGGCCCUGGGCGACCUGCUUCACAUCAUCAUCGACAUCCCCAUCAACGUCUACAAGCUGCUUGCAGAGGACUGGCCCUUCGGUGUUGAAAUGUGCAAAUUAGUACCCUUCAUUCAAAAGGCGUCAGUGGGCAUCACAGUGUUGAGUUUGUGUGCCCUCAGUAUAGAUAGGUACCGGGCAGUUGCUUCUUGGAGUCGCAUUAAAGGAAUUGGAGUGCCGAAGUGGACUGCUGUUGAAAUUGUACUGAUCUGGGUUAUAUCAGUGGUAUUGGCUGUUCCAGAAGCUAUUGCAUUUGACAUGAUUACGAUGGAGUACAGAGGAAAGGAUCUCAGAAUCUGCCUGCUUCACCCCACACAGAAAACAUCCUUUAUGAUGUUUUACAAGCAAGCUAAAGACUGGUGGCUGUUUAGCUUUUACUUCUGUUUGCCACUGGCUAUCACAGCAUUUUUCUAUACUCUCAUGACCUGUGAGAUGUUACGAAAGAAAAGUGGGAUGCAGAUUGCUUUAAAUGACCACUUAAAACAGAGACGUGAGGUGGCCAAAACUGUGUUCUGUCUGGUACUUGUUUUUGCCUUGUGUUGGCUCCCACUUCACUUAAGCAGAAUAUUGAAGCUCACUAUUUAUGAUCAGAAGGACCCCAACAGAUGUGAACUUUUAAGCUUUUUUCUUGUGAUGGACUACAUUGGUAUUAACAUGGCUUCACUGAAUUCCUGCAUCAAUCCGAUAGCUCUGUAUUUGGUGAGCAAAAGAUUCCAAAACUGCUUUAAGUCAUGCCUGUGUUGCUGGUGCCAAUCCAAAGAUCUGUUGUCCCUGGAGGAAAGGCAGUCCUGUUUAAAGUUCAAAGCUAAUGAUCACGGAUAUGAUAAUUUCCGCUCCAGUAACAAGUACAGCUCUUCAUAAAAAAGCAUAAGAGGUAUAUUCUCUUACAUUAAUACUGGUGCCUUUUUAAGUAAAAGCGGCAAUUACUUUUAACGAGAUGGUAAUGUUUAGAAAAAUCUAGUUUUGUGUUUGCACAAAAAAAGAACAUAAAAAAAAAUAAUUGCCCCAAAACUGUGUCACAUUGAAAAUCAUGGACGUUUAUAAAAUCGUCAUUUAUGGAACAUGAAGAAAAGCAUAGAAAGAACAAGUCAUUGUUAGCACUUGAAUACUUCUGAAUCAGCACUUCCAAAUGAUCCCCACUUCCUGUACAUUAAACGAUCAUUUGUAUUCUCUGUAACAGUUGUAGGAACUGAAGUCACAGUAAUUACUAAGCAGUAUAAUAUAACGUUAAUUGGAUCAAAGCCAUUAUUAUAUAUAACUCAAUAUAUUAUCUUUUAUAAAGCAGAUUAACCACCAUCACUAUUGUGUUUUUUUUUAAAUAAAACAUGAAAUAUUUUGUACUAGAAGUUUAAAUGUAAAAAAGUAGCAUCUUUAUCAGGGGUAUUAUAGAGGUAGCUAAUGAAAAUAUUAAAGGAUGCAG